AUGGUGAAUGCAGUUACUGGAGUUCUAAUUGAGUGCGACACUACCGUUAAAGCCAUCAUUAAAAACUUGGACAGCAAGCACCAUUUCAUUGUGGACGACUUGGACGAUACGCACGUUUUCAUUGUCUCGACUUGGGUUGAACGAUUGAAAUCUGAGCUGGAACGUCUUUUAGACGAGAACGCAUACACCAUUUCAGAUCCAAAGGACCCCAAGAACUGA